AUGGAUCAUGCCAUAAGGGAAUUUGCUGAUUCAUUGAAUAUUCAAUAUUUGGAAACCUCAGCAAAAAAUUCAACUAAUGUUGACGAAGUAUUUAAGAGCAUAGGUGAUGAGCUCAUAUUAACUACAUUAUCAGUACCAAUAAAGUCACCAAAUAUUGAUGAUAUAUCUCAUUGGGAUACAGCUGGUCAAGAACGUUUUCGAUCCAUUACAAGUUCUUAUUAUCGAGGUGCACAUGGCAUUAUUAUAGUCUUUGAUCUUACUGAUGCAGUACAUAAUCAGAAAUGA